GUUACAUACAACAGAUUUCAAAAAAUAUCAAAAUUGGUCGAUAUUCUGUUUAUUUAUUCCUUAGAAAAUAAGUGAUUUACGUUUAUAAUAAAGAAAAAAAGUUUUCAUUUGCAUUGUGUAAAAGGACCGGCCAUCCGUGCAAGUGUUGCCCAAAAGACGUUAGGAUUCAAAAACUUGGCAGUGUGACGCCUCAUUCGAAGAAAAAGGAGGAAAGGAAAACAUAUUCCUUCCAAUAUCAAGUGAAUGAUUGAGGUAUCAGCCCAUAUGUUCAAACGAUAUGGGAAAAAAAUCACUAAUAACCUGGUGGAAGCAAUUGAGAAUUCAUAAAGCAACUGAGAAUGAACUAUUUGGAUUAAGCCUUUCUGAAGCUUUGGAAGUUUCCAAAGUAGCCAUUUUCCUCACCCGAAAAGAUGGUGAAAAAGUGUUUUAUGGUUAUAUACCGGCAGUAGUUGCAAAAUGUGGAUUUUUCUUAAAACAAAAUGCUACACAAGUAAAAGGAAUAUUCCGAGUUAAUGGCUCUUCAAAAAGAAUUCAGUUACUUCAGAAAGCGUUUAGCACGAGCCCAGAUUACGGUCGUAGCUUCGAAUGGAAUGGCUAUACCGUUCAUGAUGCCGCCAACGUCUUUCGAAGAUUUAUUAACUUGAUGCCUGAGCAUGUAAUUCCUCUAGAUUACUAUGAGCUUUUCCGUGAGCCCAUGACUCUUUCUAAUUUGACGGAUAAUGAUCGUAUUGAAAUGUAUCGCCAACGUAUAGAUAAGCUUCCUAUUCCAAAUCGACAGCUUCUUCUCUAUCUAUUAGAUUUGCUUGCUGUUUUCGCUUCAAAUUCUCACAUAAAUCUUAUGUCCGCCGAAAAUUUAGCCGCUAUUUUUCAACCUGGUAUCCUAUCCCAUCCUAGUCACGAAGUAUACUCUAAAGACUACAAAAUUUCACAGAAUGCACUUUUAUUUUUAAUCAGUCAUCAAGGAAGCUUCAUAAAGACUAUUCCUCUUUCUUCGUUACCUCCCUUAGUUCCCAGUCCGACUUCUCCCAAUGCCUCUUCCUCGACGUUGGUAACACAAUCUGAUGGCCAUUCUAGAGUACAUCUUUAUAACUCUAAAAGUGGAACCAUUAAACGAUGGCGUUCUUUCAGCCGUCAAUCGAAUAAGAACUUUUCCACAGCUGACAUUCUUGAUCGUAGUCCUAAUAUGGGUGAUCUAAAGGUAAAUAGUUCCCAAAUUAAAGGUAAACCUAGAUCCAACUCAUUAUCUCGGAGUGGGUCUAUGAAGUUUUUUCAUACAUUGGAUCGUCGGAGGGACACCUAAACAGGUAACGAAUCAUUGAUUUUUUACGACGAUAUUAUAAGUGGAAGUAUGUUAUUGGUUUUCUGUAUAUAGUUCUGUAUAGAUUCUACCUAUCGUUCUUUUAUUUACAUUGGUUUCUUAUUUAAGUGUUAUGUUUUUUUUGGUUUUUUUUGGGAUUUAUAUUUGGUAGCUUUUCGUUAAAGAUUUUGCGCAAGACUACCAUUUUCAAAACGAUCGUUUACUUACCUUUUUUUACAAGUUCAGUUUUAUCGCUUAAUUUCUUGAACUUUCUGAAAUGUUGUUUGGAAGCCUGUCUUUCCUCGUUGGCGAUUACAGACCUUAUAUGAUCGUUUGCAGGCUUUAUCAAAUGGUUGUCUGUUUUUGAAGUACAAAGAUUUAAUGGGUUUCUUUUUUUUUACUGCGGAAUUUUGGAUUUUUGUAUAUAAUGUCUGUAUGUGUAAGGAAAAUUGUACCUUGUCAAUAAUUUUGUUAAGCUGUUAGUAUUCAAG